AUGGCGACCACCGCGCUGCCGCCGCCGCCGCUCCUGCUGCUACUGCUGCUGCUGCUGCCGUCGCCUACCGCCCCCACGCCGCCCGCCCACGACCCCUUCGUUCCGCAGCUGCGGGACAUGCAGAACUGCCAGCUGCGGUGCCGCGACCGCGACCCUGGCCUGCGACCCUCGCAGGCGGGAUAUACCGGCCCCUCUGAGUCGCCUUAUGACAGAGCCGUCCAGGUCAGCGCCUGCGAGAGGGGCUGCCGGCUCUUUUCCAUCUGCCGCUUCGUAGCGCGGAGCUCCAAGCCCAACGCCACUCAGGAAGAAUGUGAAGCAGCCUGUGUGGAGGCCUAUGUGAAGGGGUCAGAGCAACAGGCCUGCAGCGAGGGAUGCUGGAGCCAGCCGCCAGAGCCAGAGGCGGAGCCAGAGCAGAAGAGAAAGGUCCUGGAAGCUCCAAGUGGGGCCCUCUCGCUCCUGGAACUGUUCUCCACUCUCUGCAAUGACUUUGUCAACUCGGCCCAGGGUUUUGUAUCGUCCACAUGGACAUACUACCUGCAAACCGACAAUGGGAAGGUGGUGGUAUUCCAGACGCAACCUGUGGUGGAGAGCCCUGGGCCUGAGGGGUCCAAUCUGCAGCGAGUGGAGGUGACCUGGCGUGGAUCCCACCCUGAGGCCCUGGAGGUGCAUGUGGAUCCCAUAGGCCCCUUAGACAAGGUGAGGAAGGCCAAGAUCCGAGUCAAGACCAGCAGCAAGGCAAAGGUGGAGUCUGAAGAGACCCAGGACAACGACUUCCUCAGUUGCAUGUCCCGGCGUUCGGGGCUGCCUCGAUGGAUCCUGGCCUGCUGCCUCUUCCUUUCUGUGCUGGUGAUGCUGUGGCUGAUCUGCUCCACCCUGGUGACUGCUCCUAGUCAGCACCUCAAGUUCCAGUCCCUGACCCUGGAGCAACACAAAGGCUUUGUGAUAGAGCCAGACUGGCACCUGUACCCGCCGCCAUCACACACCUGCGAGGACAACCCCCCACCCUACCAGCUGAAGCUGGACCUCACCAAGCUGUAG